CUCCACUCCCUGCAUUUCGCUGUGUUUCUCCAAACUCUUUCACGGUCACUGUCUCUUUCUCUCCAAACCAUAAACACAGAAAUGGAAACAAAGGGAGGCUGCUGCAUCACCAAGUGUCAAACACCUGCUGCACACCGCAUCUCCAAGGUCCACACAAUAAUGUUAGGCUUUCGCCCUAUCGCCCCCAAACCCCUCCCUGCAGCUGCUCUUUCCGACGCUUCUUCCUCCGAAACCACUGCCGACGUCUUCUCCAGAUCUGUUGCCUCUAAGCGAAAGCGCGCAAAAGUUAACACCAACACCAAGCGCUGCACUCGGAGGAGAAUCGCGCCUCCUCCACCACCUCCGCCUACAACGCUCCCGCUGCUGCCGGAGACUCCGGUUCUGAAGAAAACAACCACCAGAGAAAGCCACAAGGACGCGCCGGUGUGGCUGAGCUUCGGGAACCACGGCGGUGCAGGUGCGUCGCUGGAUCCGUUCUGGUUCCCGGCGGCGGGAUCGGUGGUGACGGUGGAGUGCGUGACGGAGAUGUGGCGGGAGGAGGAGGGGCCGGGGUUGGGGAGUGGAGACGAGGAGAGGAAGGCUAAACUAGAAGUGGACACGUGUCCGGGGUUUAUAUCAGACGGUUACGGGAGGGUGACGUGGACGAAUGGUGCGUACAGGGAAGUAGUUGGUGAGGGAGGAGUAUGGCUGGCGAUGAAAGCAAGCGUAUCCUGUCCGUACCGAGGGUUCACGGGCUGGGUUAGGCUGCAGUACGGUUCGGGGAAAGAGAGAACUGUGCCAUGUGACGUUUGGAGUAUGGAUUGUGGAGGUUUUGCGUGGAGGUUAGACGUUAAAGCCGCUCUUACCUUGACCUUAGCUAUGUGAUAUGAUAUAUAAUAUACUACUACUAACUGCUGUUCAAGUUCUUCACCGAACAAACAAAACAAACUCCCAUUGAAACGAUACCGUUUCCUCCCCGGCACAUCCACCUACAAUAACUGAUAAUUAUAUAUAUAUAUAUAUAUAUAUAUAUCAUCCUCUUAGCCUUUUGAUCGUGAAGUGUAAAUUAAUGGGCGUGCUUUUUGUGAGAUGGGAAGGUUAGUUUCAAUCUGUAAACCAAAUAUGAAUAUGUUACCUUCUGUUGAUUGUGUAAAGUUUUGUAAAUUCUACUGGCGAACCUUUGUAUGGUGUUUUGAUGGUUGUUGUAUAUGGGAUCUUAUGUUUUCUA